UUGAUAGCCGUAACUGUCACAUAGUUGUAGCUCGAGGCGCCACACGGUGUAUCAUCACCACUGCUCACAGCAGCACUCACGUUUGUGUCGAUAAGUUGCUUUGUCGCAGGACUGUCGUUAGGAGUUAACAACCCGCAUCCAGCGCUUUGUGUGGAAUAAGAGAAAGUAUGUCCCUGUCUGGCUGGGUGUGUGUGGUAACAGGUGCCUCCAGGGGUAUCGGAAGAGGAAUAGCUCUCCAGCUGUCUGAGGCGGGAGCCACCGUCUACAUCACAGGGCGCCAGGAGAACAGUCUGAAACAAACUGCUGCACAGGUUAAGGAGAGGGGUGGAGACUGUGUGCCAGUUAUCUGUGAUUCUACAAAUGACAAAGACAUUGAAGAACUGUUUGAGCGGAUCAAAUGUGAACAGAACGGCCGGCUGGAUAUCCUGGUUAACAAUGCCUAUGCUGGAGUACAGGCUAUCUUUGAAAGUAUGGGGAAGAAGUUCUGGGAAACGGAUCCGUCUAUGUGGGACUCCAUCAACAACACAGGCCUCAGGGGCCACUAUUUCUUCUCAGUUUAUGCAUCCCGGUUGAUGGUGGCUCAAGGUCGGGGUUUGAUAGUAACCAUUUCAUCUAUGGGCGGGCUGCGGUACCUCUUCAAUGUGCCAUAUGGCGUUGGUAAAGCCGCAUGUGACAGGCUGGCAGCAGACAUGGCUGUUGAGCUGAAAAACAGGGGAGUGGCUUCCAUCAGCCUGUGGCCGGGACCGGUGCAAACGGAGUUGGUGUCUCAGCUCGUGCUGGGGAAAGACGCAUCACAGAGCGUGAACUCUGAAGUCUCUGGGGUUUCUUUUCCUCAGUUAAAGGAUGUGUUUGCCAAUGGAGAAACCACGGAACUGAGCGGGAAGUGCAUAGUCAACCUGGCAAAAGAUAAAAAUCUGAUGUCACUGACUGGGAAAGUCCUCAUGACCUGUGACCUGUCCAGACGCUAUGGGAUAAAAGAUAUUGAUGGACGGAGUGUGGUUGAUUUCACUUCCCUAAAAUUCCUCGUAACCCAAGUCCCAUAUCUCUCCUGGCUGUCAGCUGUUGUCCCUUCAUUCCUACGCCUGCCACGCUUUGUGCUCAGCCUGGCAAAUAACCGGUUCUAAACAUUUCAAACAUUAUAUCGGUACUGAAGUGGCAAUUUCAUACUGUGUUUCAACCACAUGGUUAUAAUUCUAGCUAAACCUAAAGUUGUCAUGUCAGUGGCCCAGAUUACUGGGGGCUGAAGGAUGACAAGAACCAAAACAAUUCAGACUGACUGAUAUUUGCUGAAGGAAUAUUGUUUAUGUGAAUAUACAGCCAUUCCUACUUGAAUACUUAAUGAAGGUCUUUUUAUGAAGUUUGGUAAACAUGAAGGAUGCUUUAGCAUAUUUUCUGUAUUUAACACUAAUAUCAACUGUGGGUGAAGCCACACAAUGUGAAAAUGGGACUUUAUUAUUAUGUUAUGCACUUUCUUAAGUGGUAAAUAACAACGAUCACAUUAUAUCAAAGACACAUUUUAUAAACGUAUGCUUGUGUAUUUUUUCACUUACUUGUUAUAUUUCUAUUAAAUCUAUGUAUACAUAUAUACUAAACUACUAUUACUACUGUACUUGACUGGCUAACAACUGGUUCAAUAAAGAAAUGUUAACUUGC